UAUUUCCUUGGCACAAACAUUCUAACAAAAAAAAAAAUGUGUUGAAACCUCUCUGAUUAAAUUGUUUUGAAAAUAAUCUUUAUUUUUUUUCUCUCCAAGUAUUAUUGUUAUUAUGUUCAGAAAUGAAUUGUUAUAAGCAUUCGUAGUACCUGAAAAUAAUGGUGUUUGGGCUUAAAUUACCUACAAUCAUGAAUAUUACGGGAAUAAUGGAAGAAAUGGAUCAGUAUAUGCAUUACGUUGGUGGACCAGCGGGAGCAAUAGCAUUAACGGGUGUUGCAGCGGCUUCAGCAUUCUAUCUAGUUAGUCGACCAUCCUCCGAAAAACCAUUAGUUGACCUUAUGUGCCAAAGUCGUCAGUUACCGGGUGCAGAAUUAAUUCGAGUAUCCAAAUUUUAUAAAGAUUCUAAAGAGGGAAAAUUUGUAAGCUAUUUAUAUGAAGAUACCCGAACACUUUAUGAUUGUUUUCGAAGAGGUUCUAAAGAAUCAAAUGAUGGUCCAUGUUUAGGUUGGCGUGAAAAACCAACAACACCAUACCAAUGGUUACACUACAAUGAAGCAUUAUUGCGUGCAAAAAAUUUUGGCUCAGGAUUGGUUGCCUUAGGUUUAAUACCGGGUGCUAAUACAUUUUUAGGUAUAUAUUCACAAAAUUGCCCGGAAUGGAUUAUUGCCGAACAUGGAGCGUAUUCAUAUAGUAUGGCUAUUGUACCAUUAUAUGAUACACUUGGACCCGAUUCAUGCGCUUAUAUUAUUAAACAAACUGAAAUAAAUGUAGUUGUAUGUGAGGAUGAUGCAAAAUGCAAUAUGUUACUUGACAAAGCUCCAAUGUGCCUUAGAAAAUUAAUUGUGAUAAAAGAAACAAGACCUGCAACAAAUCAACGUGCAAGGAAUCGUGGUGUUGAAAUUAUUCGAUUUAGUGAUGUUGAGUAUAUGGGUGCACAAAAGGAUAAUGAUGAACAGCCGCCCAGAGGAGAAGAUUUAUGUACAGUAUGUUAUACCAGUGGUACAACGGGUAAUCCAAAAGGUGUAAUGUUGACACAUGAAAAUGUCGUUGCAAGUUUGUGUGCUGUUAUUUUACAAAUGGGUGAACAUCGACCGAAAAGUUCUGAUGUUUUAAUGUCAUUCCUACCGCUGGCGCACAUGUUAGAACGAUGUUGUGAGAAUGCAAUGUUAAUGGUUGGGGGUUCAAUAGGAUAUUUUAAGGGCGAUAUUCGUAAUUUAUCCGAGGACAUGAAAGCGUUAAAACCAACAAUGGUACCAGCAGUCCCUCGUCUAUUAAAUCGAAUAUACGACAAAGUUCAUGCUGAAAUUGCCAAUUCAUUUGUAAAAAAACUUCUUUUUAAUAUGGCAUUAAAAGCAAAAGAAAGCGAGAUCAAAAGAGGUGUCAUACGAAAUAACAGCUUUUGGGAUAAAGUUGUUUUCCGUAAAGUUCAGGAGGGUAUGGGCGGCCAAGUACGUUUAAUGCUUGUAGGUUCAGCCCCGUUAGCUGGCAAUGUACUUACAUUCAUCCGAUGUGCAAUGGGUUGCCUGGUUAUGGAAGGUUAUGGACAAACCGAAUGUACAGCACCGAUUUCAUUAACUGUACAAGGUGAUCAUGUGCCCGAACAUGUUGGACCUCCGGUAGCAUGCUGUUGUAUUAAAUUGGUGGAUGUCCCGGAAAUGGAAUAUUAUGCACAUGCGGGUCAAGGAGAAGUUUGUGUUAAAGGCAAAAAUGUUUUUAAAGGUUAUUAUAAGGAUCCCGAACAUACAGCGCUAACAAUUGAUGAACAAGGUUGGCAUCAUACGGGCGAUGUUGGUAUGUGGUUGCCAAAUGGUACAUUAAAAAUAAUCGACAGGAAAAAACAUAUAUUUAAAUUAUCACAAGGUGAAUAUAUUAUUCCCGAAAAAAUUGAAAAUAUUUACUCCAGAUCUCAGUAUGUUAAUCAAGUAUUUGUCCAUGGUGAAUCAUUGAAGUCCUGUAUUAUAGCCGUCGUUGUUCCCGAUGUAGAUGUUAUAAAAUGUUGGGCAUCUGAAAAUAAUAUUCAGGGAACAUUUAGUGUAUUAUGUGCACAUCCGGAAGUGAAAAAACUUAUUAUGGAUGAUAUGUUAUCGUGGGGAAAACAAGCAAGCCUAAAAUCAUUUGAACAGGUGAAAGAUAUUUAUUUGCAUCCGGAUCCGUUCAGCGUCCAAAAUGGAUUAUUAACACCAACAUUUAAAUCAAAACGUCCUGAAAUUCGAUCAUACUUUAAACCACAAAUCGAAGAUAUGUAUGCUAAAUUAACGUAAUAAUUAGUCAAAAAUCAAAUUACAUUUUUAAUAUAAGAAAUUUAUCUUUCACACAUUGAACAAAAAAAUUAAUUUGGUCGUGUUUCGUUACACACUUUUAACCAAGACCUAGACCUGCCAAAUUUUGAUCGUGACCUGACUUCUGAAUAAGACCGGCAUUAUACGAAAUCUACACGAAAGUACAGCGGAUGUAAAAGGUGGGUUUAAAUUAGGCUUCCUUUGUGUUUUUUCAAAAAGUUCUUGUAUCUCCAAAAUAUGGUUGAUCAAAUUAUUCUAAAAAUCAAGUACUUUGGAAGUACCUCUGGAAACUUCUUGGGUAUUGUGAGAAGGUAAAAUAAAGUGACUAAUGAUAUUUUGAUGAUCACUAAGUUCUUGAAUUAUUUAGGCUUCUUAAAAACGAACAAAUAGCGUAAUUCGUAAGACCAUCUUUACAAUCUGCAAUUUCAUUUGAAGUAAGUAUACAUUCAUUGAGUGCCUGCCUUAUCGAUGUGUCUUAGCGAGAAGUUAAGAUCACGAUUAAAAUUUGGUAGACCUAUCCUCUGUUGUACUAGUGCGAGAAAAAUUAUCUCUUACGGUAAGGAACGAA